UCUGCAUCCGGUUGCUGCGCUGGGCCGCCCCGGCACUGAGCCUCAAGGACCGCAUCCUCCUCAGCGGCAGGCUGGUAUCAACGGUCCAAGCCGCGAUGGCAACGGUGUCGGGGAUCACGGUUAUGCUCAGCUGCAAGAACGUGGUGCACGACAGGCACUGGCUGGCUGUGGAGUAUGUCUGGGUGCUGGUUCCCUACAUGACCUAUGACAUCUAUGUCAUGUACCUGUGCCACUGGCACAAGAGCCAGGAGAAGGGGAUCCUGGAGAAGAAGCACUCCCUGGCCAGCGUGUGGAGCUUCCUCCUGCAGGAGAGGCUGAUGGUGACCCACCACCUCUUCAUCCUCAUCGUGCUCACCCCCAUCACCCAGGUAAGGGCUGCUGCAGGAGUCCAGGACCCCCUGGACGUGCUGGGUGUCUGCAGGGCCCCGUGCUCAGCGCUGCCUUUCUUUACAGCACUUCAGGGGAGAGCUGGGGGACUUCUUUGUGGGCUGCAUCUUCACAGCAGAGCUGAGCACGCCUUUUGUUUCACUGGGCAAGAUCCUCAUGCAGCUCAAAAUGCAGGACACGCUCCUGCACAAGGUGAACGGGAUCAUCGUCCUGGUGACCUUCUUCUUGUGCCGCAUCCUCCUGUUCCCGUUCAUGUACGCGGCGUACGGCCGCCAGGUGGGGAUCCCGGCGUACCUGGUGCCGUUCCGCAUCCCCCUGCACUGCAACAUCGCCAACGCGUCCCUCAUCGCCCCCCAGCUCUACUGGUUCACGCUCAUCUGCCGCAAGGCCGCCCGGCUCUACCGCAGCUCUGCCGCGCACCGGAGCAGAUAACGGAGCUGAUAACGGCGGGGCUGGCGCGGGGCAGCGCCCCUCAGGGAGCGGCGGCUCGGCUGGAAGCGCCUCCGGGCAGCACAGCCGGGGCUGGGAGGGCUGUGCUCGCGUCCUCCUGCCGAGGGGGAGCCAGCCGGCCUGGAAGCAGCGACAUUCCCGCUGGGAUGCGGCUCUGCGGCCCGAGGGUUACACGAGAGGGGUUUGUUCCAGCCCCCCCGCCCGGCGCUGACACCGGACACCGGCGCGGCGAUGCUGGAGCGGGCCCAGCCCCGCACACGGGGAGCCUGUGCCGGAGCUGCCGCGGCCCCAGGCAGGCCUGGAGCUGCAGCACAGCUCUGCAGAGCCCUUCCCGGCCUUUGCUGACCUCAGCUCUACACUACAGCCCUGUUCCGACCGCCCACCUGCACCUCACCUGCUCCUGCUGCUGCUGGGGUCAAGCUCCGCUCAACCCACCCGGUGCUUUUGGGUGCUUUUCACUACAGACCCGUGACGGUCCUGGGGCACCCCUGUGCUCCCAGCAGGGCAGAAGCUCAUUCCAGGACAGGAGGGACAGGAGGAUGGUUCUGCUGUCUCAGGGCAGCAUGGGGACAGGAACCCACCUUGUCUCACCACCAACACACAGAGCACUGUGCAGAGCCCCUCCUUGGCAAGGGGUGCAAUUUCCCCUCACCUAACCACAGCUGCUUUUACCUGGCCUGCAUCCCCUCAGCAGGUAUUUAACACCACCUGGCACGCCCUGCCCUGCUCUGCCCUGCAGCUGGCACCGCCACACCCUGCAAACAUCCCUGCAGCCCCAUCCCACCCCGUGAGGCUGCCAGGGACACAACUGGGGCUGCACAGAAGGAACCAGCAACCCCAGAGCAGGAUGCUGAGCUGAUCCUUGACCGGCUCAGCCCAUUUCCACUUUUAGUCACAGCAAAAUGGGCACAGGCUCUGCAGCCUGCCCUGCACCACAGGAUGUGUGCAAUCAGACCACAGCUGAGUUCAUCCCCUGCAGCCAGCACCAGCCAGGACAGCCACCUCCUCCUGCAGCCUCCUGUGCCAGCUCCAGGCAGGGAACUGCACUGGCACAGCCCUGGCACAGCCCCCAUGCCCAGAGACCUGUGACCACUCUGUGCCUUUCAUUCUGUCUGAAACCAGCAGGCAAGCUCUGCGGAACCUGGAUCUUCUGGGUGUUGGACCUCAUCCCAACCACAGCUGCCGUUCUGGAUACAGUGUAAAAAACAAAAAGGGCCUCUUCCGACAUGUGGCUGUUGUUGCAGAGACUCCACAGUCACAGUAACCACCGAGACCAGCUGAUGUUACAAACUCCUGCAACUCCUUACAGAUGUUGUAUCUCACUGUUUUCAUUGCGAAUAACGUGCCUUAUGUAAGGACCAAAAAAAAACCCCAGCCAAUGAGGCACCUCAGUUUGCACUAACACUGCCCUAUUUACUAUCAGGAGACCAAUAAAGAUUUCCUCUCUGAGUCACACCA